CCAAUCACCUAUUUGCACAUCUCACAUCUAUCAAUAAUUAAAUAAAACACAAGUCCUAAUAAACUUGUAAAGACAAAAUGGCGGGAAAAGUGUGUAUGGUGAUGGCAUUGAUAAUGAUAGGGUGUGUUUUACAAGCAUGCAAUGGAGCCAAUGUUGAUGAGAGCCAACCAACACAAGAUCCAAAAUUCGAUUGCUUCAGAACAUGUUCCAUAGCCUGUGGCAAACAAAACAAACCUUGUUACGAUGAAUGUUUGACCAAAUGUGGUCUCCCACAGAGACUUCCUAGACCAACAACAUCUUCAUCACCUUCCUCCACCGCUUGAUCUGAUCUUAUUCAAUUUGUGAUUUGUGUCUUUAUUGCUAAGGAUGUCAUCUAUUUGUUUUUCUUUAGCAUGAAAAUUAAAUGAGAUUUUAAAUGAUAAAUUUUUUGAUUAUA